AUGCCCUCUUGGCCCAAUCUCUCGCAGUGCCUCUCCCAUAACUGCAGCUGGGAGGAGACCCACAACGCCACCAGGACCCCUGACCUCGGCGUGCCUCCUCUCAACUAUUACUCCAUCCCUCUCCUCACAGCCAUCACCGUCGCCUGCACGCUCCUAUUUCUGGUCGGAGUGACCGGGAACGUAAUGACCAUUUUGGUGGUCAGUAAGUACCGCGACAUGCGCACUACCACCAACCUGUACCUGUGCAGCAUGGCCGUUUCCGACCUGUUCAUCUUCCUCUGCAUGCCUCUGGAUCUCUAUCGGAUGUGGCGGUACAGGCCCUGGAGAUUUGGGGCCGCGCUAUGUAAGCUCUUUCAGUUCGUGUCAGAGUCAUGCACAUAUUCCACCAUCCUCAGCAUCACUGCGCUCUCAGUGGAGCGCUACCUGGCCAUCUGUUUCCCACUGCGCGCAAAGGCUCUGGUAACCAAAAAGCGAGUGCGCGCCCUCAUUCUCCUACUCUGGACGGUUUCUCUGCUGAGCGCCGGGCCUGUGUUUGUCAUGGUGGGAGUGGAGCGUGACACCAUGGGGCCAAAUUUCAGUUUGGGAAUGAAUGGGUCUGGCUUUCCCCUGGAGGACACCCGGGAGUGUAAGAUGACGCAUUACGCAGUGGAGUCAGGCCUGAUGGGGGCCAUGGUGUGGCUGAGCUCUGUUUUCUUCUUCAUGCCGGUGUUCUGUCUCACAGUGCUGUACAGCCUCAUAGGCCGCCGGCUGUGGCAGAGACACAGAGAGACAAACAUCAGCUCGCGCGUGGCGCACAGGGAUAAAAGCAACAGGCAGACCAUCAAGAUGCUGGUGGUGGUGGUUCUAGCCUUCGUCCUGUGCUGGUUGCCGUUCCACGUGGGUCGCUACCUGCAGUUCCGCUUUCUGGACGCGCCGUCCCCGCUGCUGUCCAUGUUGUCCGAGUACUGUAGUUUGGUGUCAGUGGUUCUCUUCUACCUGAGCGCCGCCAUAAACCCCAUCCUCUACAACACCAUGUCCUGGAAGUACCGGGGAGCAGCGGCGCGCCUCUUUGGCCUGACCGACAGCCAGCCGCCACGAGGCCGCACAGCCAGCACCGUGAAGGGAGACGGCUCCAACGGCUGGACGGAAUCCACAGUCAGCUUCUAG